AUGAAAAGAUGGCCUAGAUUGUCAUUGCGGAAACCUGAAGCAACAAGUUUAGGGCGAGCUACUAGCUUUAAUCGCACUACGGUCAACGAAUUUUUUGAAAAUUUGGAAGUGGCGUAUAAAAAAUUAGGAAAUAAUAUUACACCGUCAGCAAUUUAUAAUUUAGAUGAAACAGCUCUUACUACCGUGCAUAAUCCACCUAAAAUAGUUGCAGAAAAAGGCCAGAAACAGGUUGGUCAAGUGACAUCCGGUGAACGAGGAGUUCUUGUUACUGCUUGCUGUUUCAUAUGUGCGAAUGGCAAUUCGGUUCCUCCUUUUUUAGUGUUUCCACGUGUAAAUUUCAAAGAACACAUGCUCAAUGGUGCUCCUGCAGGCUCCGCUGGAGGCGCGUGUAAAAGUGGUUGGAUGAACAGCACAUUAUUUGUCGAAGUUUUAAAACAUUUUCAAAAUGAAACAAGGUCAUCCAUUGAAAAUAAAGUUUUACUGAUACUCGAUAAUCAUGAAUCACAUGUUUCAAUUCAAAGUUUGCAAUUCUGCAACAAUAAUGGCAUCAUUCUUUUAACUUUACCGCCCCACACUUCAAAUAAAUUGCAGCCACUUGAUGUAGCAGUAUACAAAUCUUUAAAAAAUGCUUUUAAUAUUGCCUGUAAUGACUGGAUGUUAAGCCACCCAGGUAAACCAAUUUCAAUUUAUGAAAUUAGUGGCCUUUUCGGUAUUGCAUAUCCAACUGCAUUUUCUCCUAGAAAUAUCAAGAAAGGAUUUGAAAGUACAGGUAUUUGGCCUUUUAAUCAAAAUAUUUUCAACGAUGUUGAAUUUUUGUGCUCUUCUGUCUCAGACAGACCUGCGAUAAUCAGUAAUGUGGAAGUUCCAUCGAAUGAAAAUUUUGAUAUAAUGAAUAUGCCAAUCAUAAUCGAAAUGCCAAAUAUUUCUACUUCGGAACAGCUUACCAUUCCAAAUGUAAGUUGUGAUUUAUCGAACGUGAUGAACGAACAUAGUCCUGAAAAUAAUCUUCAAAGAAAGAAAGCAAAUAAAAUCAGAUCAACAACAAUUUCACCAGAUCAAGUACGACCAUAUCCAAAGACAGCGCCUAGAAAAGGAUCUACUCGACAAAGAAAACGUAGUGCGAUAUUAACAGGUUAA